CAGGGCGUCCGUCCUUAAAAAGCUUUUAAUUCACUCUGAUUUAUUGCUCGUCCUGAACGAGAGAAUUCAAAGUGCAAUACAGGAUAUGGCUAGCUUGCUUGCAAAGUCUUUAUCUGCAUCUUUGCAGUGGAAAACGAUUAAGUUUUCCGCCGCUAAUUUAGCUGUGGGUUAUUGCACAAAAGGUGUUGAUGUGCCCUUAGACAGCUAUGAGAAGCGAGGUCGGGCGCCGCAACACAGUCCAACAGAUGCUCGUGGAAUCAGCAGACCAAAUGCAACUGGAAAGAUUGAGAACAAAACUUAUCUGUGGGGUCGUUAUAAUGAGAUGAAAAAAUUAGUUCAUGAACUUAUUCCCCCAGGAAUCUGCAACCUCCUCAAUCCUGCAAACAUCUAUUCUAAUAAUGAGGUUAAAUUGGGGAACAUUGAAAUUUAUGGAUUUGAUUAUGAUUAUACUCUUGCACAAUAUUCCAGUUCACUGCACACAACGAUCUUCGACACUGCACGAGAAAUCCUUGUUGAUCAAUACAAGUACCCAGAAGGAAUCAAGGACUAUGAAUACCAGCCUAACUUUGCCAUCAGAGGACUACAUUAUGACGUGCGGAAGGGAUUUCUAAUGAAGAUUGAUGCUUUCCAUUACGUCCAGUUAGGAGCAGUGUACAGAGGACUCAGCCCAGUACCAGAUGAGGAAGUAUUUCAAAUGUAUGAAGGCACUCAACAUGUUCCUCUACAUCGAAUGAGUGAUUUCUAUGGCAAGGGCCCUUCCAUGAAACAGUUCAUGGAUAUUUUUUCUCUUCCUGAAAUGACUCUUCUUUCGUGUGUGAAUGACUAUUUUAUUACCCACAACAUCGAAUAUGAUCCUGUUCAUCUCUUCCGGGAUGUGAGCGAUGCUGUAACUAGCAUCCAUAUCAAGGGAAUGAUGUACGAUUGGAUUGAAAAGGACCUGGAGAAAUACAUUCUUCAUGGAGAUGAAACAUAUGCUGUCCUGAACCGGCUGGUUAAUAAUGGAAAGAAGCUCUUCCUUAUAACCAACAGUCCCUUCAACUUUGUUGAUAAAGGAAUGAAAUAUAUGGUGGGAAAGGACUGGCGGGAUCUUUUUGACUUGGUGAUCGUUCAAGCUGAUAAGCCAAGCUUUUUUACGGAUAAGCGCAAGCCUUUCAGAAGACUGGAUGAUAUGGGUGUGCUGCAGUGGGACAAAAUCAACACGUUAGAGAAGGGAAAGAUGUAUAAACAGGGAAACUUAUUUGAUUUCCUACGGCUGACAGGCUGGGGUGGAUCCAAGGUACUUUAUUUUGGUGACCAUCUGUACAGCGACCUAGCAGAUCUAAUGCUUCGACAUGGCUGGAGGACAGGAGCGAUUGUACCGGAAUUGGAUGCAGAAAUUAGCAUCAUUAACACUGAGCAGUUCACACAUGGGCUGACCUGGCUACAGGUCCUAACAGGACUUCUGGAGAGACUGCAGGUAUAUCAGGAUGCUGAGUCCAAGCAAGUGCUUGAUGAAUGGAUAAAGGAGAGACAAGAAUUAAUGUCUCUGACAAAGAACUUAUUCAACCCCCAGUUUGGGAGCAUCUUCAGGACCUAUCACAAUCCGACCUAUUUUUCGCGAAGGCUGUGCAGAUUCUCUGACAUCUACAUGUCAUCCAUCAGCUGUCUGUUAAAUUAUGACACGACCUACACCUUCUACCCCAGACGAACUCCUUUGCAACAUGAAGCCCCACUCUGGAUGGACCAGCUUUGCACCGGCUGCAUGAAGACUCCUUUCCUAGAAGAGAUGGUGCACAUGCGAUAAGCUCAAUCAGGGCUCAGUUGCAGAUUUGCUUUAAUGGUGCAUUUCAUCUCUACAGUGAGAAAAAUGUUAUCCCACAGGUGUAAACAAAGUGGUCUGUUUAUAUUUGAAAAGGUGUGAGUUAAGUAUUUAAGUGAGAAAUGAUAAUGGUGAUCUAAAUGACAUGGUGAAAUAGUAGUGACUAGGUUACUAACUUUUCCUAAACCAGACCCUUUUCCACCAUAGUGCUUUCUAGUUGAUGACAAUACCUGCUGUGGUUUUUCUCCUUUUUAAAUUAUAGUUCACUUUGUAUUGGCUCCAAAGUUUUUAUGAUGUCACUGAAAAUGGUGCAAGGCCUGGAUAGAUGGGAAUUAUAUAUGCCCAUUGGCCCAAGCUAUUUCCAUACUCCUUGUAAAUGAGAAACACAAAGUGCACUUAAAAGCAUAAUUGUAUUUAAAAUUCCUUUGCGGUACAAUUGGUGAAUAUUCAUUCUAAUAACAUUUGAGGUUGGACUUGUUAAAAGAAGGAAUCACAUUCAUGUGCUUAGUUAGUUGUAUUUAUAGAUGAUAUCCUAUACAAGGGCAUUUAAGUGUGGCCAUCUUAAAAUCAUUUUGGAAAUGAUUUUUACUGGUUUUUACUUCAAACAGCAGCAGUUUGUGUGAACUAACUUUAAGUGCUUAAAAGAUACUGGUAAAGAUGGUUUUUCUACCAUGUGAUCUAGGCCAGAUUACCAGCCCCUGUUGUCUAAUACCCACUAAGAUACAGUAAUUGAAACUAUUUGGAUAAGCAGAAAAGUUAAUUCAUCUCAAGAUUAAGUUUGGUUUUUUAAAAACUGUAUUUUCCCCUUCCUCCCAUUAACAGCAUUCUCUCACAUAUAAUCGUUAAUAUCCUGGCCUGAUCUUGUCACUGGCCCUGAGACCUACCCAAUUUUUUUUGCAUUUUGUGCAAUGGCAAGAUUAUAUCCUGUGGAACAUACUAAGGUAUAAAUGCCUUAAGUCAAAUGUAUGUUCAAACAUCAAUCAGCAUAACAUUGGAAUUAUCAUUAUGGGAUCAUAAGAGUUUUCAUAUUCAGAGGUGCUUAAGACAAAUUUCACUCUGCAUCAAAAAUAUAUAUAGAAAUUGUAUUGCUGAUGCCCUAACAGGUUAACCUGACUGUAGGACAACACAUAUAUUUUUCCUUAGUUCUGUUGAAGAGUCAUACGGACUCGAAACGUUAAC